CCCACACCUACACCCACACCCAUCCACACACCCUUUUCUCUUUCUUAUUUAUUCACAAUUAAUCGUAAAUGUUCAGAAAUAUAUUAUGUAAAAUCAGUCUCAAGUUGGAAAACCUAUUUUUAGUAUAUCGAUUAAUCUUCGUUCGUUUUUCAUGUUGGACAGUAAUCACCAAGCUGAAAGAUUGGCCACCAUCUGCCACCACGUAUCCAAAUUAAAUGGCGGAGCAGUAUACCAUUCUGUAGACAAUGUAAUUCUCCACAAACCAGUGUAGGUCCGCAAAUUCUCAGUCAGUAAUUUCAUCAGAAAUAUUUCAAAAACACGAAGCCAACAGUAAGACUAAGACAUAAAUCUCUCUAAAAAUCUAAUUAUUCAAGUUCCUUUCUGUACCAUCAAAAGCGAGUUCGGAUGCAGUUUUUUGUGCUCUCUGUAAUGGUGUAUUUGAAAUUGAGUUUCGAUACACUUAGACGGAAAUAAUCUAGAUUUAUCAAAAAUCUCUAGGGCUUGCCGUAUAUCGAAGUUUUGGGUAUUAUUUCGCUGUCAACUUGACUUGUAUUUUAGUCUAUCGUGUUCAGGACGAUUUUCUCUUUCGAAUGGUAUACGAUUUUGUUCAUUUGAAUGUGUAGAAAAGCAUAUAUUGGCAGAAAAGUAUAACUGUACGAACAAUUUUUUUUGACACCACAACAGUUACGCGCCUUUUGCUUUCAUUUGGUUAAUGAUGAGAGGAAAAGAAUUCAGACCUGAAAGUUUGUGCCAAUAGACAAGAGACUAUGCUGAACACAACGCUGGAAACAGCAACUCUCUAUGGCUCUUCCUUAUUGAGUGUUUGACGAAAAAGAAAAAACCUGUGUGCUGUACGAUCAAUUUUUGGAGUCACUGUAUAUAGACAUUUGGAACGGUCUCACGUGUUUCAAACCAAAGUUGCUUGAAAAACGUUUUUUGAAGAUAGCACAUAUUCGGGUCAGAAUGUAGGUUAUGGAGUUCUGUGGGGGUUCGUAAGGAUAAGUUGGGUUGUUUGGAUGGAAAAUAAGAGGGAUUCUGGGUGUUCGUAUGGGGGGGGGGGGGGGGGGUCUUUUUUCAUAUUUGUGGACGGUUGUUUUUCACUAUUGGUCGUACAAAGUGGGUGUUCGUGAACAUAACUCCCCAAAGUGUGGGUGUUCGUAAGGAUGACUUAUAUGCGAUCUUACAAAGUUGGGUGUUCGUGCUGUUCGCGUAAAUUACUAAUACCCAAUUUUCAGAGAGAAUAGCAACACGGUCAUAUGAGCUAUAUGCACACAACAAGUAAGGAAAGAAAGGAAAUAGUAGUAAGAACUUUUUUUUGAAUUGGAUCUAUACAUCUUCAAAAAAUUUAUCAAUUCAUAACUCUUACACAAUAUUCUUAACUCAGUUCAGCUUCAUUUUUUAUUUUUGAAAGAUAUGUCUAACUCAGUUCAUUUAAAUCAUGAAUUGAAAGAAAUUGCAGUGAAUACGAUGAUACUGCCCCAAGAUUGUAAUAAAAAUUAGUCGAAGAUUAUUAUACAAAAAAGUAUCAACGGAUGAUAAUAUGUUAUGAAGUAAUUUUGUGUAAUUAAAUGGAUGAAAAGAAAAAAGCAUCGUUUGGAAUGUUGCAAAACAUCGACAUUUCAUUUGAUUCGUUAGUGAUUUAGCACAAGAAUAAAUCCAAGAAAUAACAAUAGAUAUAAAAAAAAGCGCGUCAUAUAAUUGGUCAGAACAAUCACAUAUAAUUUAAUAUCAGCAAACACUUGCAAUAGAAUGUACGAAACAUUCAAUUACAAAGCGAGGUUCUCGUAGGAGCACAUUUCGUUCAGCCAUGGUGCAACAUAUACUGUUAAAGCAAAGUGCAUAUGUUGAUAAUUGAUAGGAUAGAUGACAUUUUAUUAUCAUUUAUGGUUAAAGACUAUAUAAUGUUUUCUUUUUUGAUAGUUUUCCUAAAACUUCUAAAUCGAGUGAAAAUGAAACAUAAGUUAAGUUUGAAAAAAAGAUAUCAAUAUUGGUAUUAAUUAUAAUAUCCAUGAAUCAACGGAAUUUCUCGAUGUUUUUAUUGAAAAUAAUCAAGGUCGAUUAAGAACAUCUGUUUAUCAUAAACCAGCUGCUGAACCUUAUAUCCUUCCAUAUACAUCUGAUCAUCCACGUCAUAUACACUCAAAUACCAUUUAUACAGAAUUACUUCGUGCAAUUCGUCUUUCUUCCAAUGUUCAAACAUUUGAUCAAGAACGGUUAAACACUGAAAUUUCUUUAAUAUUAAAUGGAUAUUCACCAAAUUUUAUAAUCUAUCAUUUUAAAAAAUUCUUUCACAAACAUAAUGCUUUAUCUAUAUACAAAGAAUUAGACAGUGACAAAUAUCAACAACUACAUGAAUUGUUACUUGAUGAAUCAACGAAAGGUAAAACGAAUGAAAACCAACAAAAUCAAUCAAAACCACAACAACAACAGCAACCUCAAACAGAAAAACCCAAUGAAAAAGUCCCAAUAAAACAAAAACAGCUAAUUCUACAUUAUAGAUACGAAAGUGGUCCAUUAUCAAAAUUUAAUGGGGAGUUUCGAAAAUUAUGGGAAAAACAUUUCUGUUAUGAGAAAUCACCAUUAAACUCGGUCCGUCUCAUACUUGGCACAAGAAGUAAUCCGUCACUUGAUCGUUUAUUGGUGAAGAAGAAACCAGCUAGUUCAUUAUUGAGACAACUGGAUAAAAUAAAUGAAUCUGGAAACAAUCCGAAACCAAUACCAAUGGAAACAUAG